AUGCCCCUCUUCAGGAAUCGAAAGUCCAAGUCUCCGUCCCAUCCCUCCACCCCGUCCCCUCCGUCGCGAGAUCCCAGCUCCGUCGAACAGCUGCUGGUCCACCCCGCGUUUGGGACUCCGCCGGCCCCCAUCAACAAUAACCACAAUAACCACAACAACCACAACAACAUCAACAUCAACAUCAACAACAGCAAUCCUCGUCUCGAAGACUACACGGACCAUCGCAGCUCCGAUUAUCGUCACAACUACGACGGAUCCGGCUCAAUCAUCUCCACUACCACCGACUUACCUCAGCCACAACCCUCACAUCAGCGGCCACCUCAGCUUCAGGAACCCACCCAAUUGCCCUCCUCCUCCUCGCUGCAUCGUUCCCAGAGCCAGCGUCAGCGUCCCCUGCAACAACGCGACCGACCGACUGUCAGUGUGGUCCCCCCUGAAGAGCCCCCGCCUCGUCGUUCCAAAAAGAGCUUGUUCGGGCGACCCCCGUCCGGUUUCCUCGACCGCAGUGUUUCCGUCAAGGGGAAGUCCAUCUCCCUUCCUAUUUCCCAUCCCAGCUCUCAGCCCACCUCACCGCAGCACUCCCUGGGCCCGACCGACGAGGAGCAGUAUCAUCAUCCACCGAGCUAUUCGGACAACUCGUCCCCGAUCUCUAAUCGUCCUUCGUAUGAACCGCGGGCGGUAUCGCUAGCCUACCACCAGCAGUACCACCAGCAGCAGUUUCAGCGAACGUCGCGAGACAAUCUCGAGUGGCCCCUACAGCAGCAUCAGCAGCAAUUGCAAUUGCAUCACCGCGCUCUCCCAUCCCCUCUCGAACGCUCCAACACCGAUCCAAGCUUCCUCGAGCAACCCUCUGCCCGCCCAUCCCCCACCGACGCGCCGCCCGAAUCCCCCCGUUAUACCCCAGAUCACCCGGGCCAUCGGAGCCAGCAGUCCCUAUCACGGACCCAGGAUCUGGUAUUCAAUUCCCGGCCCCCUUCCCGGCAGACUCUCGAGUCCCUUGCCCCAGUCUGUCCGCAAAUCUCUCCUGACGCCAUGCAGCAGGCUUCCACACAGGUGCCACCAUCCCAGAGUCAGCCGCAGCAGCAGCAGCCUCCAUCGACUUCACUCGCGAACGAACGGGCCCCGGGCGAUUCGAAGCGACAGGAUAGUACGGUUCAGACCAUGCCAGAACCGGGACGGGGCACUCCAACCGGGUCACGGACAAUCGAAGACCCCGGCGAGAUCGAUGUGCGGGCAUUACUGCAGAAGCAUGAGGAAUUGCAGACUAAAUACUCCAAGGUGAAGCGGUACUACUUUGACAAGGAAGCGCAGGUGCAGCAUCUUCAGAAUACAGUGGCCCAUCAGCGCAUGGCCGUGUCUCGCACCGUAUUAGACGAUAAUGAAUACGCCAACCGGUUCACGCGAUUGGAUGGUGCUAUCAAGGACCUGGCCUUUUCGGUGCGAAAGGACUGGCGUGGUAUCCCGCCAUGGCUGCACGGUUUGGUCACGGAUGAUGCGACCGACGUGGGUACCAAGGAGAUGACGGCAGUAGGGCGAGCCGUGAUCAGUCGGUGGUUAGUGGAACAGGUCUUUCAGCGACAUUUCCAUCCCGCCCUGGACCCAAUCCUGAGCAUUCAACUGAAGAGUAUCGAGAUGAAUCUCCGAAGACAGCAGAUGCGACCGUCUACGGAUGAAGACCGCGAGAAUUCGAUCGUGCGGCUUUCCAACUGGCGCCGGACAACCUUUGACGGACUCGGUGAUAUGCUUUCUACUCCGGCUGCUCAUGAGCACCGUGCAGAGCUGGUUGAACGUUUGAUCGCCGAGCUUGCUUCUUUCCUGAGCGGUCACUUGCAUGAUCCAGCCUUGCCAGGCUUGGAGGCUAGCGUGCGGAUGAUCAUCGAGAAUACCAUCAACAUCGCGGAGAAGAUCCCACUUGAGGCCCGCGAUGUCUGCGUGGAGUACUUCCCACCCAACAUCUCCUUUGUGGAAGGGUACAUGAAAGUGGAAAGCGGACUGCCACCACUCUCUCAUCAACCCCCACCACCAGCAGACCCAGAGGCGGAUGACUCUGCGGCUGUCGAAGACGACUCCUCGCCUGCUUCCAACUCGACCGGACCCGGAGAUAUCGGGACAGCACCCGCACACAGGCCGCAAAAGAAGUCUGUCUUUGGAGCACUCAUAGGCCGUAAACCCGCCGGUCCGGUUUCAUCCCGUCCCUCUCCCGGGCCAGCACACGAUGAAAAGCCCGCCGUGGCGGAGGAACGCGAGACCCAGCCACGGAUACGCUUCGCAGCCUUCCUGACGGUGGAAGUACGCGGUAAAGGUCCAUCAAUGGUUCUAGUCAAAGCCCCCGUAUGGAUGAUGGAGUGA